CGUUUCGGGACGUCGCCUUUUGAUUUUACAGAUACAGAAACCUCCGUCCUACUCCGGCGAUUCGUGCACCGGAACAACAAAUUUUCCGGUGGGGAGAAAAAUUAAUAGAGAAAGAAACGCGAAUUUGGAGCGAGAAUGAGUAAGAGGCCCCCGCCGGACCCCGUGGCCGUGCUCCGAGGUCAUCGGGCCUCUGUCAUGGACGUUUCUUUUCAUCUAUCCGAACCUCUUCUUUUUUCGGGCUCUGCAGACGGUGAAUUGCGUAUUUGGGACACAGCCCAGCAUAGAACGGUAUCGUCGGCAUGGGUGCAUAGUGCGGCACACGGAAUCAUUAGUAUUGCUUGUAGUCGUUCUAUUGGGACUAAUAAAGUUGUCAGCCAGGGCAGGGAUGGAACUGUAAAGUGCUGGGACAUUGAUGACAGGGCUCUAUCCAGAGUUCCCUCUGUCACAAUCAAGACAAAUGCCUAUCACUUUUGCAAACUCUCCUUGGUGAAGCAGCCUUCUGGUUUUUCAAGCCAUGAUGAUGGUCCUAAGUGUAUUAGCAAUAUCGAUGAGAAGCCUGUUGAGGAGGAAACUUUCCGCUACAGUGGAGAAAGGGUUCAAGGAAUUUCUACCGAGCAUGCAUGCAGAUCAGAAGCUGAGGGGCUAAAGUAUGUAGCUAUAGCAGGGGAACAAUCUUCAGAGGUUGAAAUUUGGGAUCUGAAUGCUGGGGAGAGGUUGCUACGACUUCCUCCAAACUGUGAAGGGAAUUGCCCAAAUAUCUCUACCAAGGAGAAAGGAUUGUGCAUGGCAGUUCAAGCCUUUUUACCAACUAAAUCACAGGGAUUUUUAAAUGUCUUGUCCGGAUAUGAGGAUGGUUCCAUGCUUUGGUGGGAUUUAAGGAAUCCGGGAGUUCCAGUAGCAUCAGUAAAGUGUCAUUCAGAGCCAGUUCUAAGCAUUUGCAUUGAUGGAUCUUGCAAGGGUGGUAUCUCAGGAGCUGCAGAUGACAAAAUUGUGACGUUUAGUCUGGAUCAUUCCAUGGGGACAUGUCUGGUGAAGAAAGAAAUUACUCUGGAACGGCCCGGCAUUGCAAAGGUCUCCAUUCGACCAGAUGAUAAGAUUGCUGCUACUGCCGGUUGGGAUCACAGAGUACGGAUAUAUAAUUAUCGGAAAGGAACUCCUCUGGCUAUAUUGAAGUAUCAUCAGGCCUUGUGUAAUGCCGUGUCAUACUCGGACAAUUGUAAGUUAAUGGCAUCUGCAUCAGAAGAUAGAACAGUUGCACUCUGGGAACUCUAUCCUCGAACUUAACUUCAAAUGUCUGCUGUCGCUUCUGAUUUGGGAGGAGGAUAUGACGUGUCCUGAUGUUCCUUUAUUAUUAUGUUUAUUUUUCAAGUGGAGUUUGUAAUUUAUUUUCACUGCGAUGUUUUAACUGAUUAGAGGUAAAAAAUUUCCACUCUUAUUAGAGGCUAUGAGACUGUUACUUAUCUUCUUUUCUUGACUCGGAUAUUAUCGGCUAUGUUAAAAUUGCCACUCUUUUUACAA